GACGGCGGCGGGGCUGGGCUGGGUCGCGUUGCGUUUGGAGGGCAGGGGCCAUGGCUUCCUGGGCUGCUCUUUCGCCCAGCAUCGUGGAGUAUUUCGAGGGCGAGGACUCCUACCGCUGCGGCUAUUGCAAGAAUGAGUCGGGCAGUCGCUCCAAUGGCAUGUGGGCACAUUCAAUGACAGUACAGGAUUAUCAGGAUCUUAUAGAUCGAGGAUGGCGAAGAAGCGGGAAAUAUGUGUACAAGCCUGUCAUGAAUCAAACAUGUUGCCCUCAGUACACGAUAAGGUGCCGACCUUUACAGUUUCAGCCGUCAAAAUCUCACAAGAAGGUUUUGAAAAAAAUGUUGAAAUUUCUGGCUAAAGGGGAAAUUUCCAAAGGAAAUUGUGAGGAUGAGCCCAUGGAGCCCACCAUGGAGGAGACUGUUGCAGGUGACUUUGCGUUAAUAAAUAAAUUGGAUAUACAGUGUGACCUUAAAACACUCAGUGAUGACCUCAAAGAGAGCUUUGAGAGUGAAGAAAAGAAGAAAGGAAAAAGCCCAAAGAAAGAAGAAUCUAAGGGAUUAAUUCAGUCACAACAUAUAGAGGAGAAGUUGGGCUCUGGUGAGCCAUCCCAUACAAUUAAAAUGCACAUGGCUCCUAAGCCAGGCAAAGGGGCAGAUUUGAGUAAGCCUCCGUGCCGGAAAGCAAAGGAAAUCCGGAAAGAAAGGAAAAGGUUAAAACUCAUGCAGCAGAACCCAGCUGGAGAACUUGAGGGUUUCCAGGCUCAUGGUGAACCACCAUCUUUGUUCCCACCAAAGGCUAAUAAAUCCAACCAGCCCAAAUCACUUGAAGAUUUAAUUUUUGAAUCUUUACCAGAGAAUGCAUCACACAAGUUAGAGGUGAGGGUGGUGAGGUCAUCUCCACCAAGUUCUCAGUUCAAAGCCACAUUUCAGGAGUCUUACCAGGUCUAUAAACGUUACCAGAUGGUUAUUCACAAGGAUCCACCUGAUAAACCAACUGUGAGCCAGGUGAGGUUAGUACCUGUCUCCUUUGAGGACCCAGAGUUCAAGUCGUCCUUCAGCCAGUCAUUUUCUUUAUAUGUCAAGUAUCAAAUGGCCAUCCACCAGGAUCCGCCUGAUGAAUGUGGGAAGACUGAGUUCACAAGGUUCCUUUGCAGCUCACCUCUGGAGGCUGAGAAUCCCCCUCAUGGACCAGAUUGUGGUUAUGGCUCCUUUCACCAGCAGUAUUGGCUUGAUGGAAGAAUCAUUGCUGUGGGGGUGAUUGACAUCCUUCCAUACUGUGUCUCGUCUGUAUAUUUGUACUAUGAUCCUGAUUAUUCAUUCCUGUCUUUGGGUGUCUACUCUGCAUUACGAGAAAUUGGUUUUACUAGGCAACUUCAUCAGAAAACAUCUCAACUCAGCUAUUAUUAUAUGGGUUUCUACAUUCAUUCAUGUCCCAAGAUGAAAUAUAAGGAUACCAUGGAAAAGCACUCUCUGGGGCUUCAGGCCCAGGCCUUAAGAGGACUGGCAGCUUUCCCUUCCUCUGUCUUCGGAGCCAGCCAUCAUCAUGUAAAAGGGCCAACUCCUGCUGGCGAGAGACACCACCUGGGAGGCCCGAGACCAUCUUGGAUGUUUCAGCUCUAGCCAAGCUUGCUGAAUGAAUACGGCUGCCUGAGUGAGCCUAAGAGAUACCGUCAGAAGAACCCCCUAACUGAGCCGUAGCCAACUCACAGAAUCAGGAGGAAUAAUAAAUUAUUGUGGUUUUCAGCCACUAAGAUUUGGAGUGGUUUGUUACUCAGCAACAGAUGACUAAAACACAUGGUAUAGGAUGGAGAUGACUAGAUAGAGAUGUAGAUGUCCAUGUAGAUAGAAAUCAUUCUCUGUGGAGCUGUGCAGACUCAGAAUUGACCCUUAAGUGAGCUGAACUGAUCUGAGAAGUUUCUGAUGGCUCAGUGUGAGAGAGUUUUGGCAAAGUCACUUAUUUUCCAUAUGCAGUCAUGCCUAGGGAUGUGCCCAGUUGGCUUAUGGGAAUUCAUCUUUGUAAGGCAUUUCACUUAAUACCCUGACUUGAGCCUACAAGGCAUUUCUUAACAUGAUGAUGAAUUUUGAUUUUGCUUGUCUUGCUAAUGGUAAUGAUGAGCACUGCAAGAUGAAGAUGGAAAUCACCAUGUGGCCAUCCUCAUAGUUACAUAGAUGGCACCUGUUGCCAUAGAUUCUCCUCGAUGGUUUACUAGUUUACAGCAGUUAUAUUGUUGUGCCUCAUAUUCCCUAAAACACAUUUUUAUUCUUUUGAUUUUGCUGGUGUGUGUGUAUGUGUAAAGGUUGAUUUCCAUAAACAUUCCUUAGUAAGAUGUGUUUUGUUUGUGCCUGUAGUCUU